UGUUAUGUAAUCUGACAGCGUGUCGCGCGGCCGAUUGUAUUGUCCCUCCGCGAGAGCCGUAGUUUCUGAAACUACGUCAUCAUUCCGCGACUACCGCCACUCAUGUUCACAGCACAGCAGCGGUAAAGUGCUCAUCGGGGCCAGUUUCUGACCAGGUUUUCAGCUCCUUUUUUAAAAAAAAAAAGGACAUCGCUCCUUCAUCCUUAAAGGACAUCUGUUCCCUUCCUCCUUCUCGUCUUCCUCUGCUCCAUCAGCAAUGAGUGACAGUGACGAUGACGUCCCCACGCUGUCGGCUCACACUCUGGCCGCCCUGCAGGAGUUUUACAAUGAGACCAGCACCGGUCCGGCUCACAGCACGACACCAUCAGACCAGUAUGCUGUGGGAGUGCUGGAGGAGGACUGGCGGAUGAGCCAGUUCUGGUACAGUGACGAGACAGCAACUCAGUUAGCCGAGGAGGUCAUACGUGAAGCUGGAGAGGGAGGCAGGAUAGCGUGUGUGAGCGCGCCCAGUGUGUACCAGAAGUUGAAGCAGGGUGUGGUGGACGGCUCGGAUCGGGUGUCUGCCGUCGUGUUGGAGUACGACCGCCGCUUCGCCACCUAUGGCGACGACUUCGUCUUCUACGACUACAACGAGCCGCUGUCUCUGGCAGCCAGGGUGGCUCCGCAGAGCUUCGACAUCGUCCUCGCCGACCCGCCGUACCUGUCCGAGGAGUGUCUGAGCAAAGUGGCCGAAACAGUGAAGUACCUGAGCAAAGGCAAAGUGCUGCUGUGCACAGGAGCCAUCAUGGAGAAACUCGCCAAAGACCUUCUGGAUUUAAAAAUGUGCAGCUUCCUGCCAAAACACAACAGAAACUUGUCCAAUGAGUUCCGCUGUUUUGUCAACUAUCAGUCUCGCCUGCUGUCCUGCUGAGGAGCCGAACCUCCGUCUGAUCGACACUUUGACUCUUCAGAGCACAGCGCCUGAUAGAGGAAGGACAUUUUCCAGCACAGUGCUUUACAACUGUGGUCUUGAGGAUCGAAGGAAUGCAUUAAGACCCGCAGCGAAAGUGGAAAUUUUCAGUGUUCAUUUCUGUUAACACUUAACGAUUACAUCUCCUGACUCAAAGAAAGCUUGUUGAUGAACAAAUAUUUGGUAACUUUCCACAAAAACAAUUGUUUAAUACAUGGAAAAUUAACUGACAUUAAUUUUGGUAGUCGAUAAUUAAGCAAACAAUGCCAAAUAUUUAGUGAUUUCAGCUUCUCCAGUGAGACGUUUUGCUGCUUUUCUCAGUUUAACAUCAUUUUAAAUUGAAUAUCUUUGGGUUCUGGACAAAACAAGCACUUUGAAGACAUCACUGUGACGUUAUUGUGAUGGACAUGCUUCACUACUCAGCCUGUGAAAACAGUAUGUCUUCUGUUGCUCUUGAGGUGCUUUGUCAACCCCUGAUGAUGUCAUGGUGAUGUCAUCAGGGUAGUUAUCAGGGCUUUGGUUUGGAGACUUUUACGAACUUGUGGAGUUUGACAGAUGUGAGCUUUUAUCGGACAGAAGGCUCUAACAGAAAGACACUAUCAAGUUGCAUUAUGGGAAAUGUAGGAUCCAGUGUUUUUGGGAGCUAUACAAGGGACUACAAGUUGGAAUAUUUUGGCCUCAUCCGCUUUGAUCGUUCUUUUUAAGAUGUGUCUCUUUUGAGUCCCCCAACUUUAUGGAAGAACAAUACUAAAUUGAGGAGCGCCCCUUAAGUGACUAGCAGCAAAACAAAGGGGGUUUCAGUUAGGCCGAAUGCUCGUUUAAAGAUUUAUUUAUUUUAAUCUGAAGCCAUGUUCUUGCUGAAUGCACACUGGAGGAGCAGUUCAAGACGCGACAGACCAGUACAAGAUGCAAUUGUUUGUGGGUUUUUCAAAAAUCAUGUAUGAUUUGGUUCAGGCGUGAUCUGUCUCUCCUCCCACCCAAUAUACAAAUUAGCAUCACAGUGAAAGAGCAAAGACGGGAAACAAAAGUGAAACUUUAAUGGGAGUCUUUAGUGCAGAUGUGCAACUCUUCUAUCGGAUACCCAGAGUGAUGAACAGUUCAGCCAGAUAUUAAACAGCUUUUUACAUUUUCAUUUGAUUAUCAGAGGAAGCAGAAAAGCACCAACUGUUCAGUAUUUAACAAAAAGAAAGAAGCAGGAAGAAUAAAUUAAAAAAAGGAAAGAUAAUGUUUUUUGUAGUAGGCAUGUUUAUUUUCUUACUGCCUUUUAAUGAUCUGAUGAUCGCACCGGCUGUUAAACCAAUUGAUGUGUCCGGGAUUUUGAACCAGUUCCUGUAUCCUGAAAAUGCAAAAUGAGACUGGGAAAUUGUUGUUGUACAGUUACUGGGAGAGGUGAGCUUACUCUCGACAAACUGAUGCACCCAAUGUCCAGAAAUGUCACUAACAACUGCUCAGUCGAUUAUUUUUUGUUUGUUUUGGGGGGUUUUUUUUUUUUUUUUUUACAGAAUUUUGACAAAUACAAAUGCGAUCAUCUGGACUAAUUGUUGUUUUGAUGACAAGUUGUUAUUAAAAUGUGUCAGAAUAACAGAAUAAAAUGUAGUCUCAGGUUUCUCCUUGUGACUAGAGCAAAAAAGCA